AAGGCCCGGGAGGCGGCGCAGCGCCCCAGCCGCCGCCCGCCCGCGCCGCGAUGGGACUGCGCGCCGGGGGAGCGCCCGGGGGGCCCGGGCCGCGCCGGGGGGCGCCCGAGGGACCCGCGCCGGGCGGCAGCAUCCACUCGGGCUGCAUCGCCGCCGUGCACAACGUGCCGCUCCGAGUGCUCAUCCGCCCGCUGCCCUCCGUGCUGGACCCGGCCAAGGUGCAGAGUCUCGUGGACACCAUCCGGGUGAGAGGCCCCGUGCGGAGCGAGGAGGACCCGGACAGCGUGCCUCCCAUCGAUGUCCUCUGGAUCAAAGGGGCGCAGGGUGGGGAUUACUUCUAUUCCUUCGGGGGCUGCCACCGCUAUGCAGCGUACCAGCAGCUGCAGCGAGAGACCAUCCCCGCCAAGCUCGUCCAGUCCACCCUCUCGGACCUAAGGGUGUACCUGGGCGCGUCUACGCCGGACUUGCAAUAGUGGCCACCUGGUUACUUGCCACAGCGACCAAGAGCCCAGAAGACACACGCGGCUUCCCCCAGCUAGACCUGAAAGAGGCAGAGGCGGGAGGGCCGGACUUUCCCACCUGCUGCCAAAUCCCCUCUCCGCUCUUGGACUCAACUCUGAACAGCGUGGGGAUGCCAGACCCCACCUCGUGGCAGUGGGGCGUGGGCUGGCUGUAAACCGCCCUAGAGGAGGGCAUUGGGGUGCCAUGGGCUGCUGGCUCCAGAUUCCCCAGGACAGGGUCCCCCCACCCCUGCAUCUCUGUCUCUAACUGUCCCGGUGUAUAGAAUGCCCUCGGCUGUGAGUAAAGGGAGCCAGAUGGACGUUUGCUUUGCCGUGUCGUCUGAGUGCUGGACACGGGUGUAGGUGCAGUAUCUCAGAGAAGGCGGGGCCCGUCUCUGGGGUCCCUCUGCUCUUUCCUUCAUUUCCUAGUUCCAGGGUGGCUGCUCUCCUGCCAGAAAUCACGCCUGUGUCCUAGGAAGAUAAGAGGGGCGGGGAGGAGGACAGGUCACACCGGCCGGGUCUGUCACUGACGUUCAGAGGCCUCUUUCCUGUUUGCAGCCCCUGAACAUUUUGCUUGGCUCAAACCAGCUGCCACUGCCACCCCGAGGUGCAGAGCAAGCUAGGAGUUGGCACACCUGAGUAUAGUCGCUGUUUCCUGGGGUUGGCCCAGCCUUCCUGAAUUAAAAUUGAACCCCCCCCCUGCUGAGAAAAACAAGGAGAAAUUGUGUCAGGUAACCUUUGCCAUGGAACAAACCAGCCCCAAACUGAGCAGCUGAGAACCAGUCACCUGGGCUGGGAAGAGAGCAGAAGGGUGCAAGCACAUAGAUGAGGCCUCAAGUCGAUCCCCGGAACCACAUGGGCCUGUGGGUGCUGGCAGGUGUGUCCCUGAUGCCCCGUGAGCACUGCACUGCCAAAGCUCGGGCAUAGAACCUUUAGAAGGGGUGGAACAUCACUGGGGUGGCAACUAUGGAAGUAAUCAUCUUGUUUGUUUGCUUUGGGGUCACACCUGGCGAUGCUCAGGGGUUCCUCCUGGCUCUGCUCUCAGGGAUCACUCCUGAUGGUACUUGAGGGACCAUAUGGGGUGUAGAGGAUCAAACUCAGGUUGCUUGCAUGCAAGGCAAGCGCCCUACCUGCUCUGUCACUCUGACUGGGAAACAAUAUUUUUAAUUUAAAAGUAUGUAGUUUUUCCUCACAAUGUUGUGAGUUGGUAGUUUAGCUGGCCUGUUUCCAAUAGUUCUGCUGACCUCCCUGAGGGCCACUCAUGGGUCUGCAUACCAUCAGCGGUCAGCGUCAGAGGGAGCCGGGCCCAGGGGAGCCUUACUCUGGGGUCCGGCUGUUGGCGCAUGCCUUGGUUCAAGGUGACCUCCAGCAGAUGGACUGAGGCUCACUUGCAGGAUGGCCUCGGGGGUCCCAGAUGGAAAGCAGGUGAAGGCUUUUUAUUUAUUGUUAUUUUAUUUUGGGUUUGGGGCCAUACCUGGCAGGGCUCAGGGCUUACACCUGGCUCUGUGCGCUAGGGAUCUCUUUGGCGGGGCUCAGGAACCAUAGGGAGGGGCAGGGGAUCCAACCCACGCUGGCCGCAGGCAAGGCGAGCACCCUACACACUGGACCAUCUCUCCAGCCCCUCACUUUUAAAAUUCUAGCCCUUGAAACCUUCCACAUCACUUUGCUAAGUUACUUCUGACCAGAGCAAAUAAUAAGACUGACCCAGAUCCCAAAAGUGAGGAAAUUGACCAGCUGGAGAAACUGCUGAAGCUCGGGAUCAUUUUCCGUCUCUCCGAGAUGAUUCUGAGUAAGCCAGUAACAGUCUUGCUCACCACUUCUUCCUCAGCACAGGGCCUUGCUCUGCCCAGACCGAAGUCGCUAAGACAUUGUCCUGGCCCUCUAGAGGGAACGAGGUGGUGGGCCAAGGGGUCUCUCCUCCAAGGCCGGGCCCACUCUGGUGAGCGAAUCUCCGCCCUGAUGGGAUGGGAGAGGAGGGUCAGGCCAGGUGGGAUGUUCCAAGGGAGCUUCUGAACCCAUCACAGGGGACUCGAGGAGGAGGAAGAGAGCGGAGUGGGGCAGAUGGCACACACCCACUGCCCUGCUCGGGGAACGAGGUCACUUAGCAUUUGAAGGUCUCGGUCUGGCCAGCUCACUAUCCCUAAAUGCAGGAUGGUCUCCCGGAGUGGAUCAGAACCGGGGCAAGGGCGUUCAUGGGAGAACUGGAAAUCUGAGUAAGGUCCACAUGCGAGUUAAUACACAGAUGUUGAGACUGGGAACUCCCUGUACUAACUUUGGAACACUACUGUCAACCAAAAAUCAUUCCAAAAUAAAAGUGUGACUGAGA